AUGGGCUCAAUAUCAAACUGGACCUUGAUGCUGCUCAAGCCGGACAUUGUUUCCCACCCGCAGUUGUUGAAGAUUCUUAUAAAUGACAUUACCACUGCUGGAAUUGAGAUCAGCGGAGCUAGUCUUCUGCGGCUAACACCUGAAAAAGCACAAAAGCUCUAUGGGAUUCAUAAAGGCAAAUUCUUUUACCCUCGUUUAGUUCGCCAUGUGUGCAGCGGACCUGUAAUUGCGAUGCGCGUUCGCGGAGAUGUACGAGCCGCUCUGGGAAGCAGCAAAUUAUGGCCAUUACCUGUGAAUAAUAUAGUGGAGAAUGAUGUGAAUGAACCUUCCAUCAGGCAACGUCUAAGUUUAUCGGAUGUUCGGAAUGUUGCUCAUACAUCUGAUGCUGAGUUUGCUGCUAAGGAGCUGGCAAUUUUCGAACCAUUUGAAUCACCUAUGACAUUGUUGGAUCAAAUUCUCUCGGAACAGAUAGUUCACAAAAGCACAGCUCAGGAAUUGCAUAUGUCUAAUUAA